UUUAAGCUGGCACUGUACACACCAAGGAGCACGGCGUGUACCAAGUGCCCCAGGUGGCCGGCGUGUACCAAGUGCCCCAGGUGGCUGGCGUGUACCAAGUAACCCAGGUGGCCGGCGUGUACCAAGUACCCAAGGUGGCUGGAGUGUACCAAGUGUCCCAGGGGGCCGGCGUGUACCAAGUGCCCCAGGUGGCUGGCGUGUACCAAAUGCCCCAGGUGGCUGGCGUGUACCAAAUGCCCCAGGUGGCCGGCGUGUACCAAAUGCCCCAGGUGGCCGGCGUGUACCAAGUGCACCAGGUGGCCGGCGUGUACCAAGUGCCCCAGGUGGCCGGCGUGUACCAAGUGCCCCAGGUGGCUGGCGUGUACCAAGUGCCCCAGGUGGCUGGCGUGUACCAAGUGCCCCAGGUGGCCGGCGUGUACCAAGUGCCCCAGGUGGCCGGCGUGUACCAAGUGCCCCAGGUGGCUGGCGUGUACCAAAUGCCCCAGGUGGCCGGCGUGUACCAAGUGCACCAGGUGGCCGGCGUGUACCAAGUGCCCCAGGUGGCCGGCGUGUACCAAGUGCCCCAGGUGGCCGGCGUGUACCAAGUGCCCCAGGUGGCUGGAGUGUACCAAGUGUCCCAGGGGGCCGGCAUAUCCCAAGUGCCCCAGGGGGCCGGCGUGUACCAAGUGCCCCAGGUGGCUGGCGUGUACCAAAUGCCCCAGGUGGCUGGCGUGUACCAAAUGCCCCAGGUGGCCGGCGUGUACCAAAUGCCCCAGGUGGCCGGCGUGUACCAAAUGCCCCAGGGGGCCGGCGUGUACCAAGUGCCCCAGGUGGCUGGCGUGUACCAAAUGCCCCAGGUGGCCGGCGUGUACCAAGUGCACCAGGUGGCCGGCGUGUACCAAGUGCACCAGGUGGCCGGCGUGUACCAAGUACCCCAGGUGGCUGGCAUAUAGCAAGUGCCCCAGUUGACCAGCUUGCACUCUAUAUGUCGGGGGCCCUGGGAAUUAAUACUCGCUGUAUGUGGAAAAAGCACCAGGGGCCCAGGUGGUCAGCAUGAGCUCUAUAUGCUGGGGCCCUCAUGCGUAAU